ACAUAAAAUUGACAGCUCCAAAUGUUCGAGCAUGUGAUUUUCGUAUAGAUUUCGAGAGACUUCAAUCAAAAAAACUAGUAAACAAAUAAGAAUUCGUUAGAUUAUAUUUGUAUUAAAAUUAAGUAUCAAACUUUUGUUCAAACUAUGAACUCACUAUUGCAAUCUAGUUUAACCACUUUACUGCGAAGAUGCUGCUUCAUACAAACUUCCGCAGUUAGAAAUUAUGCAACCCCGAAACCGGGAGGAGCGCUCGGAUCGAAGAAAAAGAAACUAGGAAAGCUCGGACCGGUGGUAGAGAAAAAAGUUAUACCUGUGGAAACGGAUGCUGCUAAACUUGUGAAUUAUGUAUGUGGAAGCAAUUGGCUGAAAACAGGUGAGGACGUGAAGCUUAAACCAGAUUCAGAGUAUCCCGAUUGGCUGUGGAACCUGCAUGUUGGUAAACCACUGACUCUUGAAGAGUUAGAUCCGGACACUAAAGCGUACUGGAGAAAGCUGCGUCGAAUGGCCAUACAAAGGAACAAUAAACUGUCCAAGCUGAAAAAGUUUUAGUGCUGCUUUAUAGAUAAAUAAACUAACUUCAUGUUUUUUUUUUGAAGAAAUGGAGACAGAUUA